AUGAUGUCUACUAUUAAUAGUGAUGAACUGAAAAAGGGAACAAUCGGUAAUACGAUCGCAUCAAUAUCGGAAGAGGAAUUCUGUCGUCUUCAGGAACAGCUUCUGGAAUUACGUAAUCGUAACUACGAAUUACUGGAAGAGAAUAGACGUCAACAAAAUUACAUCAAUAGUUUACCCUCGAAAGGCACGGAAGCAUUGCUAUUUGCUUCCAAGCUUGUUGGUCGAAAGAAGGACAAGGAUAAUUCAAAUGAAAAGCUAGAAAAUGAAGUUCGUCUUCUACAGCAUAAAUUAUCAUCGCAAGAAGAGGAAUUUCGGUUGCAACAAUCAACGCUUCUUUCAGAACUAAAUAAGGGACUAUCAACACCAGUGGCAUCUCAUGGAUACAUUAUUCUGCACCCUUCAUCGGACGUUCCAAGUCGGAUUGUGGAGUCUCACUACAUGAGUCCUAACCACAAAAUAGGUCGAAGGGUUGUGAAACAGUGUGAGAUUCUGGAAGUGAAAGCGAAAGAACAGGGAGAAAAUGGUAGCACUAAUGAAUUGGCAGAGCAAAACAAAAGUGAUAUGUCGAGGUUAAUGACGAAGAAUUCAGAUUUGGAAGUGGAAGUUUCGUCACUCAGAGAAAUGCUUAAGGAAAAAGACUUAUUGGUAACUCAGAUGAAAGCUUCUAAUGAAGAAUUAAUCUCGUCGAAGAAAAUGUUAAUCCAAGGGCUCGACGUGGAGCGAGUAAGGUCAGCAAAUUUACAACGUGAAUUACAAGAAACUAUACAACUGUGCACAGCUGUUAAACAACUCCUUAAAGAAAAAGAAGAAAUCGUAGCAUCGCAGAACAUUGAUGAAGGGCUGAUGGAAAAAGUCAUUACUUCUGAUAGGCAGUCGCAAACUGAUGAUCUCCAGGAAUAUAUACGAAGUUUGGAAAUGGAAUGUAAAAGAUUGGGAGGGAUCGAGAAAAUCACUUCCGAGAAAGAUGCGUUAUUGAAAGAAGGACAGAGAUUACAGAACAUUCUUGAAACGGAAUUGCAGAUUGCAAGAGCUGAGGCCUUAGCUGAAAAAGAGAAAAAGAUAGCGGAAGAAGCGGUUUGGGGAGAAAUGAAGCAGGGAUUUGACAUUGAAAUUCGAGCGUUAAACAUGCAUAUACUGGAAUUGCAACGUUCUAAACAAGAAGAACAGACUUCAGCCGUUCAGAAUUUCGAGAUGAUUAAAGCGGCUUUAGAAGCAAAAAUAAGGGAAAGUGAAGAGGAAAUCAAGAGAAAAGAUGAAGAAAUCAAAGUAGCGCUCAAGAAACAGGAAUUACGGCGUCAAGUUCAGUCGGAGAAAAAACGCGCUGAACAAGCGGAAAAGCACCUGGAUGAUGUCCUUGGCAUGGGUGAUGCUAAUGUCUAUACACAUAAUAGCGCUCGAAUACGAGUAGCCGGAUCACCAUCUACUCUUUCUGAUCGUUUCAAAAUAAAGGGUGACGGAGAAUCCAGCAUUUGUUCGUGGGCAUUUGUGGCAGAACCGGACAGAAAUUCUUUUCAUAAUUUUGACGAAGAAAGUUCUUACUCAGCAUCAAUUUUAGAAGCUGAUAAUGCAGAAUUAAUUAGUCGUUUAGCCGUUUUGCAAAAGAAACAUGCCGAGACCAUUGAUCGUUUAAAUGUAAUCGAAGAAGAGAAUACUUUGUUGCGAAAAGAAGUAGAUGAAAAGAGUGAAGUUAUUGCGCAGUGGAUUCGCACUUUACCCGAUACUAAUCAUAGUCAGCAGGUGGUAAAUUCAUCACCUGGAUUGCGGUUUCGUCGUAUGCUUGAAAUGGUUCGUAUGGAUGAAUCAGCUGCUGAUAUACGUGAUAUGAAUCGGCGAUUGCAGCGUAUGCUAGAAGAAACACUGUCAAAAAAUCUAGUUUUGCAAAAGCUGGAUUCUGAAUCUGAAUUGACAUCAACUGUGCCUGGUGGCACAAAUAAACCUGAAGCAAACGAGGAACUUGAUGUUAACCUCGACAAGACCGCAGCAGGGUUACGAACAGCUGAUGACAAAGCAUAUGAGGAAAGCAGAUGUGAUGAUGAAGCUUUGCUCGAUGAAUUGUCACGUCGUGAAUUUACGGUAUUUAUAUUGUCGGAAGUCGGCAAACCAAUUUUUGCAUCAUGUGGGCAUGAAGAACAGUUGUGCUCACUUAUUGCACUCAUUCAAACAUUUGUUAUGGUUGUUACUUCAUGGAAUGACAGUCUUAAACGAAUUCGUUCGGGUCAUAUGCAAAUUUCAUUCUCCUAUCGAACUCCACUUAUUUUAUGUAUUGUUUCACGUGACGGGUUUCAACUGGAUGCUCAGGUGGAUCUUGUUUACAAACAGAUGCUUUCAAUAAUUUGUCGUGCUCAGUUGGUUUCGAUUUUUGAAACUAAAGGGCCUAAUUUUGAUUUACGAUUAAUGCUCAAAGGUACAGAUCGACAUUUAAAUGCUAUAGUGUGCGGUUACAGGAAUGACAUAGCAAUCUUCAUGCGUUCAAUUCGGAUAUUUCCUAUGGCUUUUGCAGAUCGCGAACAAUUCACAAAUGCAAUUGUAUCAGCAGUCAAUAGUGCAAAGUUAACUAAUCGACAGCUUAUCACGGUAGUUCGAAUGAAGGGUAUUGCAUUAAAUCCAUGCGAUUUGCAUCUCCUUAUCAAUCUUAUUGAUUGUAACCCGUCACUAAAGAAUGCCGAUAAUUGGAUACCUAUAUGCUUGCCGCAUUUUAACGACACGGGAUUCCUUUAUGCGUAUGUUUCUUUUAUCUGGGAAGGCAGUAAUGCGUGCUUGCUACUAUUAUCUCUGGAACGUGGUGCAUUUGAGACACUUCGUGGUGUGAAAGAAACAAUUAUUACCAAGUUACGUUCAUCGAAAUCACGUGUUUCAUUAAAGAAUGCCGUGGAGAAUCCUUCUUCUUUUGAUAUUCAAAUGGAUGUUCCUUCGGAUUUAUGGCAUUUCACUUACAAGAAUCGAUGCUCAAGCCAAAUAUGUUGUUCACAACACUCAUUGCCAUUCAUUGAUAAAGAUGAACGCUGGAAGCUGCAAGAAUAUUAUAAAAAAAUGUUUGCUUAUUCGAUGCGAACACCGAAUCUGAGGCAUAUGUUUAUUACGAGGCCGGAAUGUUGUUUGCUGUCGAAUAAAUUUCCAUUUGAAAUGCAAACUGGUGUGGGAAGCGCAUUGCGUUGCGUUCACCUAUCACCUCACUUUUUGUCCAUGUUGGCAAAGCGUUUUAUGCCUGCUCGUGGAACAAAACCUCUACCGAGAUAUCUUUGGGAUAUGGAAGAUCUAAAAAGGCAGACAAAAGAACAAUACACACAUGAGCCUUUAAUUUUACAUCGCCUUGGCGGACGUGACCCGAAAACAGGUCGAAAAGUCAAUCAGCAUAUCGGUGGUGGCACUAAAUUUGAUUAUUUUAUGAUCGAUUUUCAUCGACGUGGGCCAAAAGAGCCUGACACUACUUAUGAUGAGCGAGUUAUCGAAGUACGACGAGAUCCGAAUAGGACGUGUUUUAUUGCACUCGUUGCUGGUUGGGAAGGUAAACGCUGGAUAUUAGCAACGGAAAAUAUGAAAGCCGGACAAAUUAUCAGUACAACGUGUUACAUACCUGAAAGUCCUCAGGAAGGAAAAGAAGGUAAUGCAUAUCCUUUGGGAGCAUUGGCACCUGGUUCACUAAUUAAUUCAGUGGAAAAAUUCCCAAAUGAACGGAAAUAUCCUUCAACGGAUGAUGACGUCUUUAUUGUUACUGCUGGUACGUGCGCUGAGAUUAUCAGACAUCAGGGUGAUUUUCUGCCUCAUAAACACGAAUUUGUCCUGUCAAAGGAAUGCAUGGCUACAGUCGGCAGAUUGUCACAUGCAGAAUUCCAAGACAAAAUUUUCGGCUCGGCACAAAUGCAUCGACGCUUUGGCUACAAGAUGGCUAGUGGCUUGUUCCAGAAAAAAGAUGGUUAUUUGGGUCGAAAAGUACGAAGAUUACCGCCACCGAGGACAUUGGAACCAGAAAAACCACCACCCGAACCGUUGUCAUUUACCCUCACCAAGGAACAGCAAAGCGGGCUCACCGGUAUAUUUCGCAUGCCACAUAUGGCUCAUGCUGGCUUCAAUUAUCGUGAAUAUCCCGAUUGA